GUUUUUCCCAACUUCUACCAACCUCCUGCCACUCAACAUUCAACUAUCCUUCUCUUUAUCUACCUUAUAACUUAACUAAUAAAUCAAAUGAUCCAUUAACCAUUCAAAUCGAUUUUAGAGAGAUCUUAGCUCUAAUUCAUAUACAUAAUACCAUUACCUCUCAAUCAACUGUGUUACUACAACCACAAAUAAUCCUACCAUCAUAUGAAGUCCAACUUAUUCAACAAUUUGUUCAUACACCAACAUACCAAAAACAUUUGAUUGACCUAAACCUCCUUAUUACUCAACUUGAUACAAAUAAACUACAUUUUUAUACUGAUGGAUCAAUUAAAAAUCUUUAA